AUGGAUAAUCCACUUUCAGAUAAAAUUGCAGCACGCAAAAGACGUGGCAGACCCCUCGGAGCUAAAGAUCUAAAGCCGAGAAAAUCCAAAAGAGUGGAAAUGAGGAAUAAAAAGAGUGAAAAAUCCUCAAAUAAAGUGGAUCAAAUCCAAAAUGAUGAAAAUAUAAUCAGCCCCCAAGAUGAAUCUAAAGAGUCAGAUGGUACAUCUGAGGGGGAGCGCGAAAACGAAAUCGUCGAUAAUCAUGAAAUUUCAAUAAAUUACGUCCACACUAGAAAACACUGGGAUAGAGUAAAAAUCUAUGUCAAUGAUGUGUUCGCAUACUCAAUUGCCACAGAAAUCACCACUGAUGUUGAGGACACGGAGCCAUCAUUUGUAGAUGAAUGUCGACGAAGAAGUGAUUGGCCAAAACGUGAAGUUUUCAGUCCUGCAGUCCAGACUCCAAAAGGAGUGAAACUCGUCGGGUAUAGAUGGGUGUUCAUACGAAAAAGAAAUGAAAAGGAAGAAAUUGUAAGAUACAAGGCUAGACUUGUAGCCCAAGGUUUCUCUCAAAGAUCGGGAAUCGACUAUGAGGAAAUAUAUUCACCUGUGGUAGAUGCCACGACACUAAGGUUCCUCAUAAGUGUAUCAGCAUGCAAAGGACUACAAAUGUGCUUGAUGGAUGUUGUGACUGCAUACCUUUAUGGGUCAUUUGAUACCGACAUCUAUAUGAGAGUCCUUGAAGGACUUGAACUACCUCAACAUUGA